GACAACUUCAUUGCAUGAAUUCACGAGAAUUUUACGGAAUUUACGAACGAAAACCUCUUCACACUAUUUUUAUAUAGAAAGUGGGAUAAAAUGGAAAUAAUCGAUUGAUUUCAGCGUUGAACUGAGGGAAUUCCUCGGAAUUAUGUGGGAAUUAAUCCCAAGACUUUUAAAGCUUGAAACUGUCGAUUAAUUUUUUAAAAAUCAAAAGAACAAUUUUUUGAAGCGAUAAAAUUGGGAAAAAAUUCCAAGUGUACAGUAAAUUACCGAAAUUUCCCCGCCAAACUUCCGGGACUCCCUCCCCCCCCAGGGUGACCUAUUUAUCAGUGAUAAAUAUCCGCUCUCGAGUGUCAGAAAGUCAAGUGCGACCCGGUAUUUGAUGAAAUAUACCCGAAAACCUCACGAGAAGUUGAAAAUUCCACGAGAACAAGUGGGCCGAGGAGCUCAAGAUAAAGUACUGAAGGUAAAAAACAAAAACAAAGUCACAACACCAGAGGGAGUAUAAACGAUAACGAAGAAAGACGUGAAGCACCCGGUGGUAAUACAUACAUACACCCCCAAGACGACGCAACAAACUACCCCUGCAUAGUUCAACAUUAUUUAGGAGCUUCGCCUAGUGUCCAUGGUCUGAACGUAAUUAAAGUAUUUGUAGGAUGAAUUAUUUAUGAAGGUAGUUGGAUGAAAACCGCAUAAAUGAGUAUCCAGGGAGUGGGAGACAGCUCCACCGUAUGUGGCGGCUGGAAUAAGGAUCAAAUUGAAAGUAAAACUUGGAAAAUAAAAGGAAGGAAAAUUCUCCCAGUGGAAGAGGCCGUGGUUACCAUCGCCAAUUUUAUGUGAUAUUAAAUUCAUGAGAAAUUCCUUUACCCGCAUCCUGUGUUGGAUUGCAAAUUACUUAAUUGUGGAAUUUAAUCAUGGACAUUGUCCCUCUUGAAAAUAAUUUUAAACAGUCUUUUAUUUAAUUAAAUACCCCGGGUAUUUUUAAAAGACAGUUUUUCCCCGAAUCCAAUGGCCCGUUGGGCCGCUGAUAAUUAAUGGAUUAUACCACGAUAUAUUUAGCGAAUAAUUAAUGAUUGUCUUCCUGCAUUCCGGGGUAUUGAUCCCCUUCCGAGGAAUGAGGGUUUUGUGCUUAAUAACGUCGAAAAAAAGUCAUUCCAACUUCACCAAGUAUUUGAGGUAAAAGCGGCGUUAGUUGAGCUCCAGUGAAUUCAAGAGGGACUCAUCCUGGCUUCACUCUUUCUCUCUCUUACCACCCAUUUCUUUUAUUAUUAUUAUUUUUUUUUUCAUUCACACUUGCCGCUUUUUCCCGUCAAUGUUUUUUCGUCCUGGCGGGUCUUUCAGCUUCUCACAUUUUGUUUUUGAUCCAUUCUCGUUUUCACAGAUGUGAAUACUCGAAUUCUUCUAUUUUAUAUUACAUUUAACGAGACCAGUUGAAGUUGGGGAAUUGUAGAAAUAUUAGCGCAAAUUUGAGUAUAAAAUCAUUUUCUCAAAAAUAAAUAGAAAACUUCCGAAGGGAUUGCAAAGACAUGACUGUCUUUUCCCCUCGUCGAAAAUCAGUUAUCGAUAGCUCAUUUGAAAUGUCCCCACUCUAAAGGAAGUAUCCCACCCCCUCGGUUCGUCCGGUAAUAAUUUUCUGUUCCUCGGAGCCUCAUCAAUCGAUCAAUCGAUAUUGAAUAUAAAAUUCUUCGGUUUCAUACGAAGUAUUCACCCCCCUAAUGUCCCCAGAACCAAUUUUCCCUUUUGUGAAAUAGCAACAAUCUAUAAGUGAUGGCCUGCCACUUGUUAUAUCGUUACCAUUUCGACUUACGACCGGAAGAGCGGAUAAUUUCAACAGCAACACAAAAGGGGUUGAAAAAAAAUACGUGGGAUAUAGUCAGGUGGUUGAAAAACUGUCCUGCGUUUAGAAUAUUAAAUAAACCGGGUGAAGACGGCACUGGACAUUGUCAUCCUAUUCCUGCAACUGCAGUCGAGGGGUUGACAUGGUACUACUACAGCAGAGUUUUCUGUGCUUUCAAUACUUCGGUAUCUGGCCUCCACUUCAUUUGAAGCCCAAGAGCUGGCGGUCUCGGUUUUACUCGCUCUACACCAUUUACAUUGUGGCUCUUGUAUAUUGGUUCACAUUAUCAGAACUGAUUAAUCUGCUAAUCACGACCGACGAUGUCGAGGAAUUUUCUGACAGUUGUUUCAUGCUGCUAUCGAUGACAGCCGUAUGUGCCAAAAUUCUUAUAAUUCUCGUGAAGCGAUCGGACAUUAAAGAUAUUACGGUUGCUCUUGAGAGAUAUCCGCAUAAAGCGAUGAAUUCGAAAGAACAGGAUAUUCAGGAUGAGUAUGAUGGCCAGGUCAGAUUUCUCACCUCAUUUUAUGGUGUGGCCACAGAAAUAACCGUAUGGUCCAUGUCCAUCUUUACGUUCUUUCAAGAAAUACCUUUUGGGGUACUUCCGUACAAGGCAUGGAUACCUUACGAUUACUCGGGACCCAGAGUGUACUGGCUCACUUAUUGUCAACAAUUGCUCAGUGUUAUCAUUGGUGCCAACGUCAAUAUUGGAUUUGACACUAUUGUUCCUGGAUUUAUUCUGCAAAUAUGCGCCCAGUUCAAUAUUUUGAAGUGCAGAUUGCACCCAGUCAUUACUUAUUUCAAGGACGAGGAACACUCGAAGGAAAAAUCGACAGAUGUUUCGAUACUUUCGGAAAAUCAUCUCGUUGAGUGCAUCAAAUAUCAUCGUGAUAUAUUCAAAAUGGCAAAAAAAAUUAAUUCUAUCUUCACGAGUGUUAUCUUGGUGCAAUAUGCAGCGAGUUCGAUUAUAAUAUGCGUCAGUGUGCUACUUAUUUCCAAGAUGCCAUUAUUUUCACCAAAAUUUUUAGCUCUCUUCAUGUACCUCUCAUGUAUGCUCAUGCAAAUCUUCAUGUUUUGUGCUGCUGGGAAUGAAGCCACCAUCCAAUGCCAGAGCAUGAUAGAUGGAAUCUGCGGUACCAAAUGGUACCUUUUGGGAAAUCGUAUGAAGAAAUAUCUUCUACUGAUGAUGCUUCGGACUUUGAGGCCCGUUAGAUUUGUCAGUGGAUUCAUCAUCACUCUGUCUUUAGAUUCUUUCUGCGCUGUACCUCCUCAAAACGUCUUACUCGGCAUACACAGUACUGCAAAGGUGUUCAUGAUGAAAAAUUUUGUCACUAAAAACUCUGUCAAAAAGAAUCCGAUUGGCUAAUUAAUUAAAAAAAUAUUAUUAUGCAUAUUCGAGGUGUUGAAUUGAAGUCUCAUGGGUGAAAAGAAUUUCAAACCCAAUUUUUAUUGUUUGAUUUGUGAUAGAUAUAAUUGUUUCAGCUAAUUGUUAACUAAAAAAAUAAGUAUUGAGGAACAGGUAGGGAUGACAUAGUCAAUUUUAUUAACUAGGAAGCUGUCGAACGUAAAUAUAAAUUUAAUGGCAAGAGGAAAAAUAAUUCCUGAAGGACAUGUAUUACGCAUUUCGGUAUCUUUUUAUUUAUGUCACACAGCAAAUAUUUUUAAGCUAUUGAAAUUAAGUUCUUCUGGAGUACCAGGAAAUGGCAUAAGAACUUUAGUAUUCCUCUUUAUUUUUCUUCCUUAAUCAAAGCUGAGAUUUUUUCAAAUUUUAAAAUUCAUGAGCACUUUAUAUUUUUAAUAUUUCCUAUUUUCUAAAGUCGAUAAAAAAUAUUUUCCACUGGCAUCAUCUAUAUUAAAAAAAUAUGAAAUAUGUUUCAUAUCUAUUUUCAUCCCUAUUUUAGCAAAAAUAACUUCCACAUAAGAACAACAGCAAUUUUUCACUUCUUUUCUUAUGGAAUGUCUUCUCCCUGGCCAAAAUAUGCUCCUCCCUCAUUAUCCCUCCCCAAAGAUGAAAAACAAAAAUCUCCCGAGUACCGGAAAACUGUUCACAACUUAUGAAGGUACACGGCGGGUACGACAGAAGUUUUUAUUAUUCAGCGACCGGCGAUCGCGUUCAACUUCAGAUUAAAUUCCUAUCAACUUCGGUGGAAAUUUUUUUUUUUACCACACAGCAUUCUCGCAUGUACCCCGUGCAAAAAUCCAUUGUUAAGCGAGGGAUUAUACGGUGAAAAUCGAUUUCGCUGAGAGCAUAGUUGACAGUCAUGGAUUUUUUUCACCCCAUGCAAAUGCA